AUUUUUGUACCCAAAUCAAAUGCUGUGGUAACUCUCCGCACCAAAAUCAGCGAAAAUUCACACGUAAACCCAAAACUUGCAUGCAGACUUGGGUACCUCAUCUAUGCGAUCAGUUGUAAUUAUCAUACAUAAUUAAUCACAACGAAAGUCUCCAAAACCAUCUGUAAAGCAGGAAAAAUAAACCCAAACAGAGCUUAUUUGUUUCUUUUGGGAGAGAAGCAAGGAGUGUUUGGUUACAGAGGUCGGAGAAGAAAUAUCUCCGAUUUCGAGAAAUGAUAACUCGUUCUAAGCUCGUUGAUCAACUCAGAGGUUACCAGAUCAGGUCCCAAAACAAGACUGAUGUAGGUGUGGCUACUUUUUGGGCCAUUGCAUUGAUUAUGCUAAUGUUAUUAUCGUUUUUAUCCCUUUAUUUUAGGCACUACUGGCUAUCCAUUAUGGCUAUAUGGCUUGGUAUUUUGCUUCCCAUACGUUUGAGAAGUUGUCGACAGGCACUGGUGAAGAAAAGUAAAAGGAAAUUUCUAUUACCUUUGUCAAUGUGAAGCCAUUUCUGGAACUCUUAAGUAGGGAAAUUUAUAUUUGGUCA